GCCUAUUUUAAUCCCGCCUCCUUGACGGAAGUGACGCCACAACCACCGCCGCUCUACCCGGAAGUGCCGGCGCAGCCCCGCGAUGUCGCGCGCCACGAAGCGGAAGCACGUGGUGCAGCAGCUGCUGGAGGAGCGCGUGCAGCCCGGGGAGGGCCAGAGCGUGGUCAGGGUGUUGGGGACACCGGGGAACAACCUGCACGAGGUGGAGACGGCGGAGGGGACGCGGUUCCUGGCCAGCAUGCCCCCGCGCUUCCGGCGCCACAUCUGGAUCAAGAGAGGCGAUUUCCUGCUGGUGGAUCCCAUCCAGGAGGGCUCCAAGGUCAAAGCCGAAAUUUCCCUGGUGCUGCUCCCGCCCCACGUGCGCUCGCUGCAGCGCCAGGGGCUCUGGCCCGAGGCCUUCGCGCCCCUGGAGAGGAAAAACCGCCAGGGGGACGGCUCCGGGGAUCUCUUUGUCAACACCAACAGGGGGGGGACCCCUGGGGACACCGGGGACAGCUCUGGGGACAGCGAGGGGGACACGGGGGACAGCGGCGGUGACACCGACGGGGACACCGACGGGGACAGCGAGGAGGACACCGGGGACAGCGAUGGUGGCACUGGGGACAGCGAUGGUGACACCAAGGACAGCGAUGGUGACACCAAGGACAAUGAUGGUGGCACUGGUGACACCAAGGACAGUGAUGGUGGCACCAAGGACACUGAUGGUGGCACUGGUGACACCAAUGGUGACACUGGUGACAAUGACAGUGGCCACACAGGGGACACAGAGGCCACGCCCAGGACCAAGGACAGCGGGGACAGGGGGGACAGGGGACACGGGGACAGUCCCCAAUAA